UGGUCGCUGCCGGGCCCUGAUCCAUACUCUCGGGACGCUAUCUUCAGGAGGGCAAACGGGAGUAUGAUUCGAACAGACCAGUCCUCAUUUCAACCAGACAUUACUCGGCAUGCAACAACCACGGUGCGACAGCCACGGACCCAGCCCAGAGCUGCAGGAUAACACCAAGCAGCAAUAUGGACCGGUCGAGAUGAGCUCUGUCGAACAUGGAGUCCAGCAACUCAGACGGGAUUACCAUCUCCGCACAUCAGACCUCUUUGAUGGAAAAGACCACUGGAUCGCCUCGCCCAGUUUCGCCCGCCUGCGCAGAGCACGCCAUCGCCGUCGACCCGGAACUCACCUUCAUCCCGUACCUGUUGGGGAUCUACCUCCUGACGUUGAGUACCGAGUUUGAGGUGAGGUCAUUUGAAAAGAAUAAAAAGAUAUUACCAUUUUCUUCUUAUUCCUUUUUUUUCUUCUUCUUUUUUCUUUGUCUCCCGGUUGGGAAGGAAAAAGAGUGAUACGGUCAGUGGUAAAGUUGCCUCCACCCCUCUCACCUCUCACGAAGGG